GCUCCGUCUUUACACCAUCAGUAAUGUCUGGCAAAGCAAUCUGGUUGGAUUGCGAUCCUGGACAUGACGAUGCAUUAGCUUUGUUGCUAGCUCUUUUUUCCUCAGCUCACCUGGUGGGAUGUUCUGCCGUGGGUGGCAAUGCGCCUGUGCAAGCUACGUUUGCCAAUGCCGCUCGGCUGCUCACCUUCUACGGGGCGAAGUUGCCCGAUGGUCCACAAGAUGUCGCUUUGGCCAAGGGAGGGACGCAUCUCUUCAUGGGAUCCGAGCUACCCUUAAUCAAAGCGGCAAGAUUUGAUCCAGGCAUUCAUGGCGAUGAUGGGCUCGGAGGCGUGGUGGGUCUGCCGGAGCUAGAAAGCGAGCAUGUACAGCAGCGGGUAUGGGCUUCCUACCCUCCCGUUGUGAGAUCACAGGGACAACUACCUCCUGCUACUCCAGGCUACUUGCUCAGGUACUGGUCGGAUCUGCUAUCCUACCGAAUCGAACACAAUCUCCCCAAGCUCACUCUUGUGGCCACUGGGUCGAUGACUAACGUUGCGCUGCUUCUCAAGGCAUUUCCGGAUCUUGCGGAACAGGGAGUGGAGGAGGUUGUAAUUAUGGGAGGUGCGCCGCCUGGAACAAGAGGCAAUAGAGGUGCUCUAGCGGAGUUCAAUAUUCUCGUCGACCCAGAAGCAGCUGCCAUCCUCUUCAACCACCCCAUCCGCGUCACAAUGGCCGGCCUCAACGUGACCCACCAAGCCAUCUUCCGGCCGGACCUACUCAAGCGUCUUCUCACACCACCUGUCUCCCCCUUGCGCAAGACGUUGGCUUCCAUCUUGACCUUCUUUGCCGAUACGUAUCGGACAGAGUUUGGAUUUCAGGAGGGACCGCCCGUGCAUGACUUGUUGGCUGUAGCGUGGGUGCUGCAGCCGGAGAUCUUCUUCAACGAAGAAGCAGGAGGAGAGGGAGAGGGAAAGCAGCGCUUUGCUCCUCCCCGAGCAUACGAGACGCGCGUAGAGUGUGCCGAUGGCAGCCUUGCUCUUGGAGCCACCGUUGUCGACUUUCCAACAUCGACUGCGCCUGAGAAGGUCACUACCGGGUGGGGAAGAGAGGGACCCAAUGUGGUAGUGCUGGAGAGUGUGGCCACAGACAGACUAUGGGAGCUCUUCUUCCAAUGCGUGGAACGGGCUGAUGAGGAGAAGGGUCCCAGGGAUGAGUAGCGGAGGGAUGUCACAUCGAGCCAAACUCUUUGUGCAGGGCUAAAGACACCUCAGAUAGCAAACAGUAUAGUGGCAUAUAUCACAUCUAGAGAAGCAAUGUACAAUGUAUUAAAGUC